AUGCAAGUGACGCGUUUAUUGCUUCUUUUGGUAGCGGCCAUUUUACUCACUGCUGCAAAGUCUCAUCAAGAAUCUCAACCAAUUUUCCCACCACAAUUCACAAAGGAACGAAUUGUUGGUGGCGAGGAAGCAGCCCCCGGCUUAGCACCCUAUCAAGUAUCUUUACAAACUCUUAAAGGGCAACAUUUUUGCGGCGGAACAAUCAUCGAUGAAAAAUGGAUAAUAACCGCUUCCCACUGCGUUAUUUCACAAACCCCGGACAAAAUAAAGAUUCUAACAGGUACACAAGACCUCAAAGACAACACAACGUCAGCAUAUUACUAUCCCGAUAAAAUAGUUAUGCAUUGUAAUUACAACAGUCCGGCCUAUGCCAAUGACAUUGCUCUAAUUCGUCUAAAUGAUUCUAUUAACUUCAAUGAUGUCACGUCUAAAGUUGAUUAUGACUAUGCCGUAAUGAAAGCAGACGAUGAAUUGAUCUUGACUGGAUGGGGUACGUUGUCAUUAGGGGGAAUGGUGCCAUCUAAAUUGCAGACUCUCAAGGUUAAAUAUGUGCCAUAUGAAAUGUGUAAGGAGAAACACAACAACAGUUCGUGGGUUGAUGUUGGUCAUUUGUGUACGUUUAAUGACAAAGGCAAAGGUGCUUGUCAUGGAGAUUCCGGAGGACCAUUAGUACAUGAUGGAAAACUUGUGGCAUUGGUUAAUUGGGGAAGACCAUGUGCACAAGGUUAUCCAGAUGCACAUGCUAAGAUAUCGUACUAUCAUGACUUCAUACGGACAACUUUAAGUAACUGUGAUAAAGAAACUACCGAGAAACCGGGUGCUACCACUCAGCCGAGUUUGGAUUUCUAG